GCGGCCGCUACGACGAGCCGCCGCGCGGCGGGCGCUACGAUGAGCCCCCGCGCGGUGGUCGCUACGAUGAGCCGCCGCGCGGCCGCUACGACGAGCCACCGCGUGGAGGCGGCCGCUACGAUGACCGCCGCGCGGCGGCCCGCCGCCGACGAUGUACCGCGACGAGUCGGGACGCCCGCUCAAGUCGGUGCUCUACGUGAACGGCUUCCCGGCCUCGAUGAGCGCACGUGACCUUGCGUACGAGUUCGAGCGCUUCGGUCCGCUUGUGCGCUGCGACAUCCCGGCCCUGCGCACGCCCGACGCCAAGCCCUAUGCGUUCGUCGAGUACCAGGACGCCCGCGACGCCCAGAUCGCCCAUCAGAAGCUCCACGGCGUGCGCCUGACGCCGUCGACCUCGCUGGCGCUCCAGUUCGCCAAGCGCACGCCCUCUGCGCAGUGGCGCUUCGAGGGCGCGCCCAGCACGCGCCCGCCGGCGCCGCCGCGUCAGCGCUCGCGCUCGCCCCGCCGCGACUACCGCGACGAGGCGCCGCGCCGCGAGCGCGACGAGCGCGAGACCAGCCGCCGCAUCGACGAGCGCGACGAGCGCGACCUUGAGCGUGGCCCGCCGCGUUCGCCUCGCGACGAGCCGCGUGCAUCUCGCCCGCGCGACGGCCCCGCUGAUGACGAGGCCACUCGCGACGACGCCCCUGCCAAGGCCGAGGACGUCUCGCCCGCCAAGAACGACGAUGCGCUGUACCAGGGCUAGACGCGCGCUGUCCGCGCAACGCUCACGCUCUCGAAAGCCCGCGGAAUGCCGUCUCGUCUGUGCGCACAACCCCACUCGAUCCGGCCCAAUUCAAAGUG